AGAAAGACGUGACUUUGCUAAGAAUCGAUAUUUUUUUGAAAAUAAACAUGAUCGAUCAUACUAACCGGAAGCGCGGAUCUUUCAGGAUUUUUUUCUAAUUUUUUUCGUUGUUUUGGAUUAAAAUGUGGGAUGCGUCUUAAAGAGUGGACCCUUAUACGUUGCAAUGUAUUCUGGUGUUUCUUGGAUUCGUCCGAAAUGAUCAGAACCGUGAUAUCGAAGUGCAAAAGUCUACGUUCAACGUAGACAAUUAUGGCCCGUCAUUGGCCCAGAGUGUACGUUCACUGUAGACUCUAGGCCAAUCAGAGAGCCGAACCGUCUACGUCCACCUUCCGACUAACUGGUUGGAAAUAGAAUUGAUAAUUGGAAGGAGAAGAUGGAUCCAUUGCUGCCCAAGCUAAGCUUUUUUGACAUAAGUGUGCCAAAAAAUAGGCAACAAUGCCUUCUUAGGGCAACAAAGGAGGCCAAGGCACUGGCGAAUCGAAACACGUGCUUCAAAAAGACAACAGUCGAGGACCAAAAGACGGCUUGUGAGGAAGCUAAAAAGAGAUGUCGGCACUUCACCUCGACUCCAUCAGAGGAGCAGUAUCUCGGUCAGCUUCAUUUGACCUUUGGAAAAUACAAUGGCCAAAGCUUUAAAUGGCUGGUCGAAAAUGAUGUUGGCUACAUUAAGUAUAUCAUUGAUCUGCAUGUAAAAGAAUGCCAGCAUCUCAAAAAAUAAAACCAUUAAUGACCGGAGGGUGAAGGACCUCCUCCUGAGGUAUGUGCAGCUGUUCCCUCCGGUCUCCUGCUACCUCGAGGUCAACGUGGACAGGGCAAUUUAUGGGCAGGACCGCUUCAGGUCGUUCACUUUCCUCGAGAUGCGGCAGUGGUACAGCCUGCACAAGCUGGGACCGGCCAAGAGAGAAAAUGGCGCAGGAGGCGUACACCUCUACAAAGCAGUGGCUGGUGAUGAAGGAGAAGGACAUCACCACCAAGUCCCAGAAGUGCUUCAGGCGCUACAUUCUCGAUAGAGAGAAGCCUCCACCGGAUUCCAAUCUUCCUGCCGCCACUUCCAGCUCUUCAAGAAGAGAACCAGGAUCAGUCAGAGCUUUAUUGCCAGCCGCUGCCACCUCCCAGUUGUCAUGGUCCAAUGACGCUCUGGACGACACAGUCUUCUUGCCCAUCUCCACCAGCCAGCCUGUGUCCGUCAGGAGUCCCGAACAGCUGCCGCUCUCCACCAGCGUGCCAGCAACUGCAGAGCAUCCUGAACAGACUCCUUUGCGUAAACGAGCAAGAAGGCAAAGCGCAGCAAGCACAAGAAGCCCCUGCUGUCCUCCACCAGCAAGGCUGUUUAGUCUCCCCCUGAUGCUCGCCCAGAGGAGUCAUCAUCGACCUCAAACAGCCAGACUGCGUCUGCCACCACCUUGCCACAGAGUGACUAUUCUGUGGAGCUGGAUGGCUGGGUGCGGCUGUGGGAAGACUCCAAUGGCAUCCCAUCUGCAGACAUCCCCUGGCUGAAGGAGGACAGCGAGAGAGGCCUCUUUAUGGCCAUCCAAAUUUACAAGGACAUCAAGGGCGUCAUUCGAAAGCGGCGCAUCCUAAAGUCAGACCGGAUGUGGUUUUAUCCCCCGAGCCACCCGGCUUCGUUAGAGGCGGCAUACCCACUCCACAGGCCUUUUUCCUGCUGCCGUUUUUUCUUCUGGCACCCCAUCAGGGUGUGGUGGUGCUCUCUGAAGUUGGGGCCGGAGGCAACACAUACCUCUUCAAGUCUGGUUACCACAUCCGGGUACGUCACAUCUGCGGCGUGUCCGGUUGGAACACCAUGGUGACAGAGGUGGUUUCCUGUGGACCGUGCCUCAAGGCUGCCAGGGGUUGAGCAAGUGGUCCCAUGGGUCGGUGUUGAGGCUCAUCGGUCCAGGUUUCCGGCUGUGCUGAUGAUUGACCGUAAAGCGUGGGGUGGACAAAACUGUGAUUCACCUCCUGUGUGACCGCAGGAGUGGCGGCAGGUGCAGGAGAACCAUAAGGAGGACUACAAUCAGAGGAAAGACCUCUACACCAUGCUCCUCAUGGCCUUGGUGAAACCCGGAGGCAUUGUCUCUGCGUUGGGCCACGGGGAGUUCCAGGUGGCACCACUUCUCAGAGAGCUUCCCUGCACGCGGCUCCUGCGGCAUGCGUUCCUCCUGGCUGAGGUGGAAAAUGUUCAGGACUACCAGAGCCAGAUACUGUCCACAUUCGACACCGUCCUGAAAAUGGCAUAAGCACCACAUUGAACACCACAUUGUGCAAAACUAAACUAAACUGUUUUCUAUUUGUUUGUUUUGUUGUAGGUGGUGAAGAAAUUGUCUGGGGAGGGCAAGGGCAUCGGGAACAAGUUCUCCCAGAUCGUGUCCUUUGUUCUCACCAGUAAGGAGUCUGUGGAAAAGCUGGGGCCCAUGUGCCGUGGCGUCAUAAAGCAGUUUCAGCUCGUCAAUCAACCUGUAACCAAGAUCCCUAACAUCGACCGGGGAUGCUGCAAGGCACAGGGUCUGACAGCCGUGAAGAUGCUCUUCCAGCCUUGGAUGGAUGACGGGAUGGUGGAAUGUGUCACAUAAUUGAAUAUGAGGCAACUGCUAUCAGUUGGAAUGGAUGGCCCCAAUGUGAAUUUCAAGUUGGUGGAUCUACUCCAGAAAGAACAUGCAGAGCUCUAUGGAGGUGCCCAGGUUGUCACAGUUGGAAGCUGUGGACUUCACACCGUCCACAAUGCUUUAAAGGCAGGCUUUACUAUGUGGCAGUUGGAAAAACUUCUGCGAGCCAUGCACUUCCUCUUUCAUAAUGUGCCUGCCAGGAGAGAAGAAGGUGAUGGGGUCCUUCUGCUUUCCCAUACCAUUUUGUGGCCAUAGAUGGGUGGAAAACGUUCCUGUGGCGGAAAGGGCAGUUGAAGUUUGGCCAGUGCUGAAGAUGUAUGUGGAUGCUGCAGAGAAAAAGAAGGUUCCAGUCCCCUGCACAGCUUCAUAUGACACCAUAGUAGCUGCACAAAAGGAUCCUUUCAUUAUUGCAAAACUCCAUUGCAAGAACUUUCAACCCCUUCUUGACAAAAUUCCAAACUGAUGAGCCAGUGUUGCCCUUCUUGGCCAAAGAUUUGACUGAGCUGCUGAGGAGUUUACUGAGGCGGUUCGUUCAACGAGAGCUCACCCAGGACCUCACACCCCUGCAGCUGAUCAAAAUAGAUCUAACAGAUGAAAAGAACUUGGUCUCCCCAAAGAGUGUAGACAUAGGCCUGGGAGCAGAAUCUGCUAUCAAGGAACUUCAGAGCAAACCAGGAUUCAAGGUUGGUGAGCUUUCUGUGCUCACCUUCAGGCGAGAAUGUUUGCAGGGCCUGAUUAAAGUUGUUGUGAAGCUACAGGAGAAAAGCCCCCUGAAAUUCCAAGUGGCCAGGCAGAUUGCAUGCUUGGACCCUUCAAGAAUGCACAGAGAUCCCGAUUGGUGCAUCAGACAGAUGAAAGGAAUAGUGCAAACAUUCCUCCAGGGCAAACAUUUGGCAGGUGGCAUACCAGCUGGUGAUGUAAUCAUUCAGCAGUUUACAUCAUUGCUGUCUCUUGAGGGCAGAGAUGAACAAUUCCGCUCUUUCCAGCCUUUCAAGCAACGUGUGGAUGUGUUUCUACACUUGACCCUCAGCCCAUACUACAUGGACCUGUUGAGAUUCUGCCAGAGCCACUUGCCAUACAAUUUUAUGCCCACAAGUUCAUAUUAGGCCUAUAGCACAAGUGCAAACAAUAGUUCACCAGUUC